AUGGAUGUGUUCCUUUCCAGGGUGACGCAGCAGGCGAUGAACUAUGCGAUCCGGUCUGGAAUUACCAUUACUGCUGGAUAUGCCAUCCGCCAGUCCGCAAAGUUGCUGAAGACUGUGAGCGAUUCCGAGCGAGUUGAACUACAAACACUCCAGGAACGUUUGCAGAGCAAAAUAAAAAUAAUAUCCCCGGCCAUUGACAUGAUCGAAUUGAUAGCUGCCCGUGGUAAUACCUCUCUUGAAUCCGCUUUGGCACUUACCAAGUCUUUGAGGUGGGAUAUUCAAAACCUUGGUCUGCGACUGUCGAAAGCUGUGUCCGUGGAGGAAUUAUAUCGAAAAGGAGCAAUCUCAGUCACGGGCCGCACAAAACUUGAUGGCGAGAUAAAAUCCAUAAUCAAGGAUAUCCGAAACCUCCUUCAGAGGAUUGAGGAUGCAGUGCCACUAAUUAACCUCGCCAUUACUACUUCUGGAGCUAAUUUAUCAACAUCCCUUCCCUCAACGGUAUCACCAUCUCGAUUACUCCAGGCCAGUACAUUUUUGACGAGCGGCGAUACGCAAUACUCCAUGUCUCCAUCACAGCCUGUGCAGAUUGGACCGACAUUUACGCUAUCAGUGUACAUGUUGUUUUCAGGGCACAUCCGUCCUGUGGAUGAAGAGAGUGUCCGAAACACUACUUGGAAAGAGGUAAUCCACAAAGCGCGGGUUAAAUUACGGCGUGUAUCUAUGGAUAUGAUAUUUCCAUCCUAUAGGAAUCUACAUCGUCAGCACGACCUUACUAAGGUGAGAGAUAUCCGUGAAGAGGCCAGGAAAGAUGAAUUUGCGUACCAAAUCCUCAUUAUUGAAGAUCUUGAUGAUGGCCGCGUGCAUACCGAUGUCGAAAAUAUGGGAAGUUAUGAAGAUGUCGAUCUUGCAGGAAUCAGAGAGAUAAUUCCUAUCCAUGAGAUCUCGAAGAUAUUCUACGCUGAUACUGGCAAGAUUCUUAAUAUUGGAAGUGAGGGAGAAACGAACAAUCCUAUAUUACUUCUGAAACGGGACACCAAUGCUAUCCCGCCUAGGCGUAUGAUGGAUCAACGGGACUCCGAUUUUACUGAUUUUGAAGAAGAGGAGACCGGUGAAAACUCAGGGGAUGAGGAACAAUCCCAUCUUGACGCACAACUUCUGGGAGGUGAUUCUUCAUCCGCUCACCUAGAUGACCAAAGUGAAUCUCAGAAAUACAAAUUUCCGAGAGGCCUAGAUCUCGAAUGGAUUGCAUUUGAGGUCCACGACGAAAACGAGGAUUCAGACUCCGAAACCGAAGCCGAAUCCGACCUGGAGUCUCCCGCUGAUGCAUCAACUUCAACCUCAGGCUCAACUCGCAAGCCAUGCUCCAUAUCCGUAGAACCACAACUAUCAGAGAAAAUCGCACAAUUGCACCUCCGUGGGGACGACAAAUCAUCGCCCGCCCCAUCACUCCCACCCACUCCACAUCGACAACUGACAACCCAGCCAUCUUCCCAACCCCUACUCCAGCAACCCACUCUCUCCAACCCCCUCUUUAACCACAUCCGCACCUCUCUUUCUCUCCUCGAAACGCUCCUCCGCCUAACCUCCCUCCAGCAAUUCCAACAACAAUCCCACCUUUCCAUUACUGACGAGCUCUUAAACUUCUUUUUGGAGGAAUCCUCCGCAACCGGCGCAGGUGGUGACGAACACCAUCGCCAACGUGUCCGCGCCGAAGCCCGCCGCAAAGUGGGUUGGGACCCGUAUAACGAAAGCCCUCUGAAACGGCAUGGUGAAGAAUACCAAUACAACGGCGCGGACGCUGAGUUUGAACAGGGGUCUACAAAGCUAUCUCCUAGCCCCGUAGCGUGGAAUACUAGAGUAGCAGCUGAAUGGAGUCUGCCGCUUAAGGGCACGUACCCGGGAUCGCCUACUGAAAGUCAACUGCCCGGCUCACGCAGGAGGUCCCGUCGUUCAACAACGCCCCUAGAAUAUCCCAUAGAUUCUUCAGCGCCAGAGUCACCAUCCAUACGCGCUGCCCGUAACGGGGGUUGGCGACCUGAGAUACUUAGAAGGCAGCAACUACAGCGGAGAGAGGGCAGUCAACUGGUCCGUCCGGAAACGGGGCAAACGGAUCAAGAGCUAGGUGCUAGUCCUGCUUCGAUACGAGAGACUUCAAGGGAAGGGUUGGGUAGUUAG